CACGUCCCCUCUCUCUCUGUCUUUCUCUCUCUCUCUCGCUGAUGUUCCUCUCCGACCGCAUUCGAUCUCGCUUUACCGACCCGAAAGAUCUUCGAUUCCAAAUUGUUCGGCAAAGAGAAGCAGUUGAAACCUAUGUGUGCUCUAGACUGAUCACAUUGCAUGGUGCAUACCUAUAUCAGCUGCAGCAAUCGGUGACAAUCCCUGUAGUCUGAGUUGCACCCAAGCAUAGUGGAUACAGCAACCCGAUCUACAUUUUGUGUUGAAGGUCGAAGGAACACUCUUUGCGGUCACUUUUCCAACAAUGGCAACCAAUGAGAACCUUUCACCAAAUGUCAUCAAGCAACUUGCUAAGGAAUUGAAGAAUUUAGACGAAACACCUCCUGAUGGCAUUAAAGUGAUUGUUAAUGAUGAUGACUUUUCUAUUAUAUUUGCUGAUAUUGAGGGUCCUGCUGGAACUCCAUAUGAGAAUGGUGUAUUUCGCAUGAAGCUUUUACUGUCUCAUGACUUCCCCCAGUCUCCUCCAAAAGGCUACUUCUUGACCAAAAUAUUUCAUCCAAACAUUGCAACGAAUGGUGAAAUUUGUGUCAACACACUCAAAAAGGAUUGGAAUCCAAGCCUUGGAUUAAGACAUGUGUUGCUUGUUGUCAGAUGCUUGCUCAUUGAGCCAUUCCCAGAAUCUGCACUAAAUGAGCAAGCUGGUAAAAUGUUGCUUGAAAACUACGAGGAGUAUGCUAGGCAUGCAAGGUUAUAUACAGGGAUACAUGCUCUUAAACCUAAGUCGAAUGUUAAGACGGGGGCAAUCUGUGAGUCCACCACAGCUUUAAAUGUGGCUCAAAGAAUUACAGAAUCCACUGGGAAAGAACCCUUGCUUACCACUCCAUUAUCUACUUCUUCCAAAGGACCAGUGACAAAUGCACAAGAUCAGAAUGCCAGUAUUGCCCCUCUAGUGGAGCCUGUUGUUGGAGCAUCAGCAAUUCAAAAGAGGGAAGGACUUGCUGUAAAAGCUCAGGUAGAUAAGAAGAAGAUUGAUGCUAGGAAGAAGAGCUUGAAAAGACUAUAGAUAUAUCUUAUAUUAGGAUGUCGGGUGCAGUAACUAGUCAAGCUAUCUACUAGAUGUGCUUAGCAAUUGGAAUAAUCUUAACAGCAAGCAAACUGGGGUAGAAAGGACAUCUCUACGAAUUGUAUAUCUUAGUCUCAUUCUUUGUACAUUGUUUAUGCAAGCAACGUUAUUCUGACUGAAGAAUGUUGGUCCUUCUGGGCUAUAAAGUAUCUCACUUGCUGUGUACUUGCAUU